AUGGGGCUACACAAAACCACUGCUGGCAACUUUUUGGAAAGCUGUUGCCUAACAAAAACAUUGACUGGCCAUAGUCAGAGGCACCCAUUUGUGCUUAAAAAACUAAGACUUAUAAGAAUACUGGGUCUUUUCAUAAGUAUAACAGCCAUUAGCUUAUUGUCCAUUACAGUUAGUGCCUUUUUUAAGAUAGAACCAAACAAUAAUGAAAAGACGACUGCUGCAGAAAGCCAAUCUAUUCUUCACAGACAUCAAAGAACUCUGAUGGACAUCACAGAGCAAAACCAAAAUGAUACUCCAGGUUCAACUAUUUCUAUGAAAUACAAAAAUAAGGACAAUACUACAGCAAUCAAUCGUUCAAAGGGGGAUUACCCUGAAGACAUUUUUAGUCUGGAAGACAGAAGACGAGGUGCAGUGGUGCUCCACGUAUUUGGGAUGAUUUACAUGUUCAUAGCAUUAGCUGUAGUGUGUGAUGAGUUCUUUGUCCCCUCACUAACAGUUAUCACAGAAAAACUGGCUAUUUCUGAUGAUGUCGCCGGUGCAACAUUCAUGGCGGCCGGUGGCUCUGCCCCAGAACUUUUCACUUCACUAAUUGGAGUAUUUAUAUCACAUAGCAAUGUUGGAAUUGGCACUAUAGUUGGAUCAGCAGUAUUCAAUAUUCUUUUUGUGAUUGGUAUGUGUGCUAUGUUCUCCAAAGAGGUCCUAAACCUAACCUGGUGGCCACUCUUUCGGGAUGUAUCAUUUUAUAUUGUGGGCCUAUCUAUGCUUAUAACAUUUUUUUUAGACAAUUUCAUCAAGUGGUGGGAAAGCUUGAUGCUCUUGAUAGCGUACUUAACUUAUGUCACCUUCAUGAAGUUCAACGUUCAAGUGGAAGGUUUUGUGAAGAGGACAAUUAACAGAAACAAAGUUGUAAAGGUAUCAUCAUCCAAUGUUGACGGAAAGCAAUCCACAUCCCGGGAUAAAGAUCAACAGGCAUUACCAACAAAACCACGCCUCCAGCGAGGUGGCAGUUCCGCGUCACUGCAUAAUAGCCUAAUGAGGAACAGCAUCUUCCAGCUAAUGAUACACACACUAGAUCCUCUUUCUGAAGAGCUUGGAUCAUAUGGAAAACUAAAAUAUUAUGACUCUAUGACUGAAGAAGGCAAAUUCAGAGAGAAAGCCUCAAUUCUUCAUAAAAUGGCAAAAAAGAAAUGCCAAGUGGACGACAGUGAAAGAUUUAAUGGAGCUGCUAGCUAUGUUGAAAAAGUUGAUCUUCCCAAUACUGCUAAUGUUGAGGUUGAAGUAACACCACCCAAGGAAUCUACUGGUCCAGUUCAAAAUGGAAAUGUCUCUCAUACAAUUGAAGCUGCAGACUCACAGGUCCCAGCUGGAGAUCUUGAUGAUGAAGAGGACCAUCCUCUCAGUUUAGCCUGGCCUACCAACAGUCGCAAGAGGGCUGUGUAUCUAGCUGUGCUACCUAUCAUAUUUCCCUUAUGGAUCACAUUACCUGAUGUCCGCAGUCCAAAAUCUAGAAAAUUUUUCCCUAUAACAUUUUUUGGAUCGAUUUCUUGGAUUGCAGUAUUUUCUUAUUUAAUGGUCUGGUGGGCCCAUCAGGUGGGAGAGACUAUUGGUAUUACUGAAGAAAUUAUGGGGCUCACAAUAUUAGCUGCUGGCACCUCUAUACCUGACCUUAUAACUAGCGUUAUUGUUGCACGAAAAGGGCUAGGGGAUAUGGCCGUAUCUAGCUCUGUAGGAAGCAACAUAUUUGACAUCACAGUUGGCCUUCCAAUGCCAUGGCUCCUUUAUUCUCUCUUUCACCAAAUGACACCUGUAGCAGUCAGUAGCAAUGGCUUGUUCUGUGCUAUUGUGUUACUCUUCAUAAUGCUGCUCUUUGUUAUCCUGUCCAUCGCUUUAUGUAAGUGGAAGAUGAACAAGAUUUUGGGAUGUACUAUGUUUGCUCUCUAUAUUGUAUUCCUGGUUAUCAGCGUUCUUCUGGAAGACCGUGUUAUCAUGUGCCCUAUAUCUAUCUAGACAGAAAAAAAGUUUGAUCAUUGUGGACCCAGGGCUUGUGAAGUUAAGGUGCUUAAAGCCAGCUAGUCUCAUUAAAAACCAAAAGAUUAGCCGAGCGAUACCAACUUGUAACACAACGGAUGUAAGACCAUUUGGUUGCUCUUUAACUGAAGAUUGUAGAAGUUAUACAAACUAUUAUCAGAUAUUUUCUUAUGCAUGUUGUGUUCUAUUUCUCUCUAAAUAUAUAUUCUAUUAAAAAAUGUAUACAGGGUAUAUUUAACAAAAGAGAGACAUUAGAUAGAAUGGAACCUUCUUGCAAAAGCUGACAUAAGCGCUUUGGGAUUCCUAUGUGUCUUUUAUGCCUGAAUAGAUUUAACUCACUUACCUGGGACAGUAGUAUUUCAACACUUCAAUGUCUACAGUAGUCAAUCUAGUAUGGAGGAAUCGCUUUCAUAUUUGGAACAUUGCACAGUUGUCUCUGUAGUAUAGGAAAUAAAGAUACAUUGGGUAAAAUGAAAGUGAAAUAUGCAGUGUAAGUGCAAAGAGAAGAUAUAUGAUACAUUCAUGGACGGCAGUAUUGUAGAAUUGUUAUAUGGCAGAACAAAUACAAAUAAUUGUCUAAAUCCACAAGAUAUAAUAAUCAAAUUUGUUGAUGAAUGAACAAGAUACAAAAAUACACCUGCAAAUAUAACAUGAACUCAGAAUUACUGUGGUUUUUGAUAUAGCAUUAUUAGCAACAUUAUCACAUCAAAUUCACAGUAAACAUUUCUGUGUUGAGUGCAAGACACUAAGAGAAACCAGUUCAGUGUCAUAACACCAAGAGACAAUGGUUUGUUUUUUUGUUUGCAUUCCAUCUAGUUUCCUGUUAACUUAUGAGAUCAUUUACAAUAACUCCCAUAGCUGUAUAUACAAGUGACUUUAAAUAUGUAACAGUAGUAUGCACAUUAUAAGAGUUCAGUAGACCGUGACAAUGUAUGAAAAUAACCUUAUAGAGGUCAAAAUGUAACCCACGGUAUGUGUAGAUAAAAUGUUGAACAUCUUCAAUAUAUUAUAGGAAAAUAAGCCAAGUAUAGAAGAUGUAUGUGUAUUCCAUAGAUGGGCUUAUAGUUUGUAACUAACUGCAAUACAAACUGAAUAUGUAGUGCACAGUAUAUUGGCUAUACAAUUGACCAGUGGUUCUACAACAUUUUUGAUGGCAGAGACCAGCUAGCUAUUUUAUUUCACCAACAUGGGUCUUUUUUGAAUAAUCAAACUAUUUUUUCAGGAUUUUUAUUUCUUUUCACACCUUUUAAAUACAUCUUUAUGACAACAGGUGGAUACAUAGAAAUGAUACAUUACCUAGAAAAUAUUUUACAUAACCAUCUUGGUUAUUGGUUUAUUAUAUAAGUUAUGAUCUGAUAUCUUUACUUUGAAUAAUAUUUGUACAUUUAAAUUAAAAAUAAAGUUUUACAAUACCACUUA